CCACCAUCCAACGAGCAUUGGGCAAUAUCGCGCGCUGGCCGGAGUGCGGAGGAGACGGACGCUGGCUGGAGGCUGCACUCGCUGCUCGCUGCUCGCUGCUCCGGACCAAGUCGUAACCACCACAACCAGCCUCCAUCUCACUCACGACUCCACCUCUCAUACCCCCGCUCCGUCAACAUGUCGGCCGUCCGCUCCGUCCUCCGCUCCGCGACCCGCGCCGCCGGCCGCAGGACGUUUGCUUCGUCGAGCGCGGUGCGCUCCGACAACCUCAUGGUGCACCGCGACUCGGCGCACAACAACGCCUCGAUCCCCUUCGAGUUCACGCCCGAGAACAUGAAGAAGGUCGAGACGGUCAUCGCGCGCUACCCCGUCCAGUACAAGAAGGCGGCCGUCAUGCCCGUGCUCGACAUUGGCCAGCGCCAGAACAACGGCUGGACCUCGAUCAGCGUCAUGAACGAGGUUGCCAAGAUCCUCGACAUGAACCCCAUGCGUGUUUACGAGGUUGCGUCCUUCUACACCAUGUACAACCGUGAGCCGGUCGCGCCCAACUUUGUCCAGCUCUGCACGACGACCCCAUGCGUCCUCGGCGGCUGCGGCUCGGACAAGAUCCUCGACGCCAUCCAGGGCCACCUCGGCGUCAAGUCGGGCCAGACGACCAAGGACGGCAAGUUUACAUUCCUCGAGGUCGAGUGCCUCGGCGCUUGCUCGAACGCCCCGAUGAUGCAGAUCAACGACGACUUCUUCGAGGACCUCACCCCCGAGUCCACCAUCAAGAUCCUCGACGCGCUGGCAAAGGGCGAGAAGCCCAAGGUCGGCCCCCAGAGCAACAGGCAUACCUCGGAGAACUCGGCUGGCCUCACAACAUUGACCACCAAGCCUUACGGCCCUGGAGAGCACUGCCUCCCCGAGUUCCAGUAAGCAAAAGGAUAGACAAACCACGGAUGCAUUGGGAUGGAGCAGG